UAUUUAAAUUUGCAGAAGGUCAUCUGAGAGCGCGGGGAGGUCCAUGUGAAGUCAUGGCGAAUCACAUAGUCGGUGCCACAGGCCGUACCGUCACCAGUGGGUUUCUCAAGUCCGUACUCCAGAACGGUACAGGUCGCUACGUUUGUCAGCUGCAGAGAAUAACCCUGAAGUUCUGCAAGGCCAGCGUUCAAAGUAGGGGCGCCAGAGAUUAUGUAGAGAACCAUCUACUAGACUUUGCAGCAUCAAACCCAGGAGUUGUGGUGUAUGUCACCCCCAAGCCUGAGAUACACGCUCGGAUAGUAGCUGAGUAUUUGAAUGGUGAGAUCCACACCUUAUUCAUCGAUAAGAAAUCAGCAGAGGAGAUACAGCAACAUGUACAGUCGCUGGUCUGGCGGUCAGGACUGCCGUUGAUCCGUCUACGUAAGACUCAACAUACAGAGAACCCCAGCAUACAGGGACAGUGGACACCUUUCACAAACAGACCAUGCACCAGCACAGCAGCUUUAGAAGAGAAACUCAAAACACUAUCUAAAUGAGGACUUACUAAUGUGUAAAUGAUAAUCAGUUAAGAUAGACUUUCAGUUCAAUAUAUGUGUAUAAAGCAUAUUAAAGAGGAAAAAAUAAGAUUUAUGUGCAUGAUUAUUACUUUCAAUUGUCUGUUUUUUGUGCAUCUUUCUGGUUUUGACAUUUUAAUCACAGGUUGCAGAAUUUCCAGAAAUGCAUUUGUGCCCUGACAAUGACAGACUGUCCCUACGGCUACUACAAGCUAAGGGACUGAGUGAGUGAGUGAAUGAAUAACAAUUGUAAUGAUAUGCACAUCGGUGCGUCAGAAUAAUUGAAAUGCACAUCAGUGAAAUAGAUAAGUAUGCUCUGUAUUUUGGUACGACAUUGAAGUCAACUGUCUACCAUUAUAAGUAUGACACACCAAUUCAA